CUCUUCCACAUUUUAGCAAGGGUCAGGAAAUACCCUAGAAAUCGACUGACUAUGAACUUGUUACAGGUCAUCCAUCAUGGAAUUACAAUUGGGGAGGUGGCUGGGAUCAUUAGUGGUGUGACAUCUCUCGUUUCUCUUACGUUGCCCCUAAUUGUUGCACUUAUCCUGGUUUGGUCAAUCAAAAACCGGCAAUUGAACGCUUCCACAUGGUCCAGUACAGCGAAAACACUCCAAGGAACACUCUGGCCGAUGCUUCUGCAAUCUGAUAGUGCUCGGGGGACCUUUGUAGCUCGUCAAGUAACAAUCGUUUCCACAACCCUUACCUGUGCCGUGGUGCUAUUAUUCGCAGCCCAUAUCAUUACACCACUACCUCUUACGGAAGAAAUUCAGCCUGCGAGCGAUACCUCUCCUGUUUCAUUUGUUUACGCUCGUGAUUUGACAUUUUUUGGGCAAGGAACAGCAGCACGACCCACUCAACCUUUGCACCGGAGUUGUGGAACCAAAGUGUACACAGAUUGCACACCCUCUCAGGAGCUUUUUGACAAGCUCUCUUCUGGGAGUAUUGGGACUACAAUAGCAGGUCCCAGGGACAUACAGUUUCGGAAUUUCUUCUUUUAUCAGAAUCAAACGUCAAGUAACGAAAGUAUUACGGUGGGGCUGACUCGGCCGAUGCAAUACCUACUAUUAAAUACCGACUACACCAUUGUGGAAGGGCUUAUUGUUGACCCAAAUAAUGGCGGCAUUGGCUUUCGUAAUCAUACCGUCCCUACCGGCCUACAACUAGGUGCGACUUGGCAGGAAGACAUCCUGUGGGUCCAACCUGAGACGGUCUGUACCGCCAAUAACUUCUCGAUACACUUCCCAUUCGGAAAUACUCAUCUGAACCAACUUUUCGAUGGUGUCGACACAGGUGUUGAUCCGAAUGCCGCAACGGACCGAUAUCUGCAGGAUGAUGGAGCCUUUGCUUCUAGGAAUUGGAGUAUUCCAUCACCACGCUGGGACAUCUAUGGUGAAGACUCUCUUUGGAACAUUACUGGUCCAAUCCCCGACCUGGCACAGAGAGCCUUUCUCGGAGCUUGGUGGGAUAAUCACUUCACGGCAAGUGCGCUGAAACUUUCUCAAAAUUCAACGACAUACAUUGGAAACAAGUACGACCAGGAAUUCAAGAAUUACACAUCAAUUAUUAAUCCUUUUGCAAUUACGAUUAGCAAUAUCGAUGGCGCUUUCAUGGAUCCAUCAUGGGCGUACAAUCUUUGGAAAUUUGUUACCGACAACUUGCAGCGUUACUUCCCCAUCGCGGAUUUUAUUCCAGGAGUCAACGCCUCCUCCAAAUUUGUACACAACUUCCUGGCGUAUGGCCACCGCUGCUUUGGGUUUGACGACUUCGAUCAACCCAACCCAUUAAAGCCAUAUAUCAGAUGCGGCAAUCUCUACGGCGUUGCCAUUCCUGACGACCCCCGCCAGAAUGAAUUUCAGAUUGGAGCCAUGGUCGGUCAACCAGUAUACACCUGUGCCAGUUCAGUCAAGGCUAUGAUCAAAACCGUCGAAUUUACUUUCAAUGGCACUUCAAGCUUGAAUAACGUUGUCGUUUCAAGCAUCAUAGAUAAAAACUAUACGAGUCCGGAAGCCGAGCCUUUAUGGGGAGUUGAGAAUGUUGACCCGUCUCUAAAUCUCAAUAUCAGCGAUAUCAAUCUCCUCUGGGGGCUUGUCAGUGAUCUCUAUGAGAACGACCCUGAAAUAUCGACAAUUCGAGGAAAGGAAUUCUAUCUCCCUGUGGCAUAUUCUUUCACUGAUAUGAGUGUGUUCAAAGACAGUCUUGCCGUUACUUCAGUCUUCACCACCGCUUGGAGCAGUGUUUACCAGGAGGUAGCCUGGAUAGCUGGAACAUCUUUCGGUGGGCUACCUUCAUACUCGGGAGAUAUCCAAUAUUCCUUGUUCCUCAAGUGGCGCAAUCUCUCGCGUACGAAAGAUGGUGCUGCACAGAUUUUAAACCUUAUCUGGACAGAUCUUGUGGCCUCUGCUGUGGUGGGAACGAAGACUGGCUUCGAUAACUCUGUUUCCUCAGAUGGUGGCGUUUUGGGCAAGAGAGAAGCUCAUAAACAUCACUCCGUCGUCAUUUACGGCAACUUGCUGUUCGCGAUACCAGCAGCCUUUGUCCUCCUUCUGUGGAUCUUAAUGCUGGUCAUGGCAAUUGUCCUCCUGAUCUCGAGGAAAGUUACUGGAGACAUGCUUUCCUAUUACAUGAAUCAAUCUUCUCUCGGCAGAGCCGUUCUAAACGCAGAGCAAUCUAACUCACGAAUAGCAACAUCCAGUUCAAGCCAGUGGGUAAAGGAAUUUGGAAAUGAUAUCAUUGGAAUAAGACCUUAUACUCGGCGAGCAUUGAUAUCGAACCACGAUGGGGCUAGGCAGCGAGGGCAAUCGCUAGUGCAGCAGCAUGGUGAAGAGGGCGAUGAGUCAACAGAGUUGGAGAUCAUGGAAGAAGAGCCCAGGGUUGAAACGGAAGACUUUAGGAGCGGGACACUAUAUAAACUCUUGCAGAGGAAGACUCUUUAAUAAUGAGAAUGAUAUGUUGCUCAAGGAGGACGCUCGCUUAAUUGGCAAAUGUUGAGGCAUGUCGACACGUUUGCUCCUAGAUAUUACUUGCUUUUGGAUCCAUACCUAUAGGAUUUGAGCAUAGCCUUCCAUAUAUCCGUAUCGAACCGCUCGAGGUUCAAGGCGUAAAGAUAUUCCAGCCACUUGCUCAAUAAAG